UCAGCUUUCUUCCCCCACAGUGCAACACAGUAGUGUUUGUGUGCACUUGUGUUCAUUUGUGUGUCAUUUUUCUGCUGAAAGGACAAGGACUAACUGAAGAUUGUGUAGCAGUCAAAGAAAAAUAAAGCAUUAAUCACACACAAAUACUGAAACCAUUCAACCAUUAAUUCUAUUUACUGAGCUCAGGAUGUACUUCUCUAAUAAAGAGGAUCUGGGUGUGAGUUGUGGGAACUGAUCAUUGGGAGGGAGAAUGCUUGCCAAAUACUAACAGUAGCUGUGGAUUACUGAAGUGGAAAUAAUAAAGACAAAUCUUUAAGUGUGCAUCAAUGCUGGCUUGCUUGAAGUCACUGGUACAAAAAAGGUAGCCUUAGGCUAAAAGGGAGAGGACAGAUACAGGUUGGUUACUUGCCAGAUGAAGUAAUGGGUAUGACUGCAAACUGAGGGGGUAAAGGGAAGCAGGUGUGUGAAUGGGUGUGGCUACAGAUCAUGGGUUAGUGCAGAUAAGUGAAUCAGGUGACCAGGUGAGGAGCAAAGUCUGAUGGCAUCGGGUGGACAGAUGUAGAAUUCCAGAGAGGUGCUAAAAGAGUGAAUACUGAACACCUAAAUCACAGAAGAAACUAAUAUUACAAGUCUUUGCAUCACUAAACAUUAUGUUUCUUUUCUUUAAUAUGAAGCAAUAAAAAAAAAGUUGUAUCCAUGGUCUUAAUAGGCUUAUCCAGCUACAAUCACAAUGCAAGCAAGUAUUCAUAAUUAGUUGAGUUACACACAGUACAAGAUUUGAGUAAAUUGCCUCUGUUUAUUUCUCUUUGGAGCGCAUGCUUUUAUAGAACCAAGGUUUUGUCUGUAGUUUUAUUAUUACAUGAUGAACAAUUAAUCUUAGAAAACGGGGCUCUAGAAAACUUUACAUUGGGGGGCAAAGAGGUCUAGGCAGUGUCGCACAUACCUCUUCAGUGAAGCAGUGAAAAUCCCCUGGAGUCUACAAAAUAUCCACAAAAACACUUUAAAAGGAUUUAUUCUAUUAUAAUGUUUUCUAAGAAAACAAAGACGAUUUUUAGGUAGGUAAGUUUAAACAGUUCGUUUUUACAAGUAGUUUAAGGACAUAAAAGUGUAAAUGUAGGGGGGGCUCAGCUGGAGGGGACCUGUAGAUCCGCCCCUGCCCUGUUAAGUGGCUCAGUCUAAAUAUAUUCCAUUAUAAUUUUAGAAGCUGGGAAUGUGUUGUCUAGAAAAGUCUUCAUUUGUAGCCCAAAGCUGUGAGAUACAUGGAGUGGGGAGUGACAAGUUCAAUAUAGAAAAGAAAAUACUUAUGCGUCCCAACAGUGCCAUCUUGAGGCUGCCCGAGCUUGUAAACAUUCCUUCUUCAGCCAUCACAGCUGUUUGCAGAUCCUGAAACGGAAAUGACUUCUACGGUGUGCUGAUUUAUCAUGUUUUCCUGCGUGACUACUGAUGAAAGGUUUCAUCAGUGGCUUUCUAGAGUUUCUAAAUCCCAAUUAUCUUCAACCUUCAGAGUUAAUCAUUGCUUUAUAUAAUCGGCGUCGGCGAACAUCACAGGCUGCUUUCACUUUAUAAAGCGAUCCUACAUCGGUACGAUUGCCCUUUGCUUCAUUUCGACGCGCUGAAUUCAACUUUUCUGCAGCGACUGUUGACGAGCUGAAGAUGAACCCAAGUAGCGGAACCCGCAGCGGGAAGACUUUCCUGUUCACGUCCGAGUCUGUCGGAGAAGGACACUCCGAUAAAAUGUGCGAUCAGAUUAGUGAUGCUGUGCUCGAUGCGUACCUAAGUCAAGACCCUGACUCUAAAGUGGCCUGUGAAUGUGUGGCAAAGACUGGCAUGAUUUUACUAGUUGGAGAAGUAACAUCCAAAGCCACGGUAGACCUCCAGACAGUGGUGCGAAACACCAUUAAGAAGAUUGGCUAUGAUGACUCCUCAAAAGGCUUUGACUACAAGACCUGCAAUGUACUAGUGGCUCUGGAACCGCAGUGUGAGGAGAUCUCAGACUGUGUGUUUGAAGGCAGGGAUCAGGAGGAUAUCGGUGCAGGGGACCAGGGCUUGAUGUUUGGCUAUGCCACAGAUGAGACUGAGGAGUGCAUGCCGUUGACCCUGCUUCUGGCUCAUAAACUCAACUACAGGAUGAAGGAGCUGUCGCGGAAUGGAGUGUGUCCUUGGAUACAGCCAGACUCCAAAUCACAGGUCACUGUGGAGUAUCGAGACAACAUGGGAGCCAUGGAGCCCCUGCGUGUCCACACUGUGGUGAUCUCAGUACAGCACAGUCCUGACAUCACCCUGGAGGAGAUCAGAUGCAACCUGAUGGAGAAGGUGGUGAAGGCUGUCAUUCCUGCCAAGUACCUAGAUGAUAACACCAUCUACCAUCUGCUGCCGAGUGGGAAAUUCCUUAUGGGGGGUCCACAGGGAGAUGCGGGACUCACAGGACGUAAAAUCAUAGUGGACACCUACGGAGGAUGGGGUGGGCAUGGAGGAGGGGCUUUCUCUGGAAAGGACUAUUCCAAAGUAGAUCGGUCUGGAGCUUAUGCAGCACGUUGGGUAGCCAAGUCACUUGUCAAGGCUGGACUGUGCAGGAGAGCUCUUGUUCAGAUCUCCUAUGCUAUUGGUGUGAGCCAUCCACUCUCCAUCUCAGUGUUUCACUACGGCACAUCUAACAGAGACGAAGAUGAGCUGCUGCAGAUCGUACAGAAGAACUUUGAUCUGAGGCCUGGAGUGAUUGUGAAAGAGCUGGGAUUGAAGAAGCCAAUUUACCAGGCCACUGCCUGCUACGGUCAUUUUGGCAGGAAGGAGUUCCCUUGGGAAAAGCCGAAGACUCUGGUGUUUUGAGUUUAGUGUUGAGUGUUUUCUAGUUGUGUCCUAGUAAAGUCCGCUUAGUGUCACAUAAUCAAUCAUGUCUAAAUUCACCUGUUUAAAUGUCUUCUCUCUGUUUAAGUGUCUCCUCAUUUCUGGCUUUAAACUGCAAAAGCAGUGGCCACCACCUUUUAUAACAAAGAUUAAUUACUAUUUUUUUAAUUAGAAAAAAGAAACACAUUGAUGUAUUGUUGUAUGAUGGUUACUGUAAAACUGUCACUUUUAUACACACUGUCAAAAUUCUGAAUCUAUAUCUGUACUAUACAUUUAUUGAUUAAAAGGCUGCAAUAAAAAUGGACUUUUAUUAUAA